GUUUCAGCAGAGAGAACACCGCUGGAGUUUCGUCUCGUAUUAAUAUUUUCCCCCCUUUUCAGUAAAAUGGCAGAAGCCAGAAUUUCUCAGGAUGAGUUGACGUGUCCAGUGUGUCUGGAUCUCCUGAAGGAUCCCGUGGCCAUUCCCUGUGGACACAGUUACUGUAAGAGCUGUAUUACAGGCUGCUGGGAUCAGGAGGAUCAGAUGAGAGUCUACAGCUGCCCUCAGUGCCGACAGACCUUCAGUCCAAGACCUGCUUUAGAAAAAAACACCAUUCAGGUUGAACUGGUGGAGAAAUCGAAGGAGACCAAACUUACUGCUGACUGUGACGCUGGAGUUGGAGAUGUGCAGUGUGACGUCUGUACUGGAAGAAAAUACAAAGCCGUCAAGUCCUGUCUGAAUUGUCAAGAGUCUUACUGUCAAACUCAUUUUGAUCAUCAUGAGGAAUUUCAUUCACGUAAAUCACACAAAGUGACUGAAGUCACUGGACGACUGCAGGAGAUGAUCUUUCAGGGAAAGAGAAACUGA